CUGCAAACCCCCUCUCAGAUGACUACUGAUUACUUAUAUAAACAACCAGCAAACGAACACCAGUGAACUUAUAUUGUGUCUAGUGAGGAGUUUAUUUGCUGCGAAAUAACGUAAAUAUUAUAAAAAGAUGUGGAAAACUAACUUCUGAAAAUCUAUCACUUAAAAAAAAUAUAACCUGAAAAGUUUAUUGACAUAGUUCAUGUUUUUUCAAGAAGAUAUAAACAGUGUCUGUAUGAUAUUUGACACUUUCAAUUAUAAAUUAAAUAAUCAAUUUAUCCAGAAAGCUGAGAUCAGCUUUGAAAAAACAAAAAUAUUAACAAAGCGACAGCUAGAAGAACUGCUUUUUGAUAUUUGCACUGAUUGCUGUAAAAUGGCUGCUGUUCCACAAGGUGCAUUUGCAGUUUGUAAAUUUCAAGAAAGAAUGGAUCAUCAAGUUCUAUCAAUGAAAUCAAAAUUAAAUGAUGAUCGUGGCUAUAACAAUAACUCUGGUGGAUCAUUUAGAAAAAAUUUGUUUGAAGAAUGUGAACCAACUCCCAUGAAGUACAGCAGCAAGUUGAUGAACAGCAUUUGGGGUCUAUACAACCGUUAUUCUGUACAUAAUUUUAAAAAAAAUACAGAUGCUAAUGGAAAUAUCUUAACUGCAGCAUUGGGAAGUGUAUUAUUAUCAAAUACUUCCCCCAAUGCUGCUUCAACUACAUCUGUGACUGAAGUGACUGUGAAGCCCCAUGUUGGCUAACUGUUUCAUAUUCAAAGCAAUUUUUCAAUGUGAUACAUUUGUAUGAAAUAAUUUUUCAUAUCGUUUUUUAUUAAUUUUUUCUUAGAAUAAAUUUAUAAUAAAAUGAAA